CGACGAUGCUUGUCAACUGCUGCUUCACUGUGAAAGAUCUCCCUGUGCUGCAGUUGACGUGAAUCAGCGUGAAUUGGGCCCCGAUCUAUGCAUUCCUUACAGAUACGAUGAAGCAAUUGUUAACCGUUGCCGCUUGCUUCAUCACAGCGCUGGCGUCGGCUGCCAGGACUGCACUGCGGAGCCCCCUCUUUGUCAGCAACGCUGCUUCAAUCCCAAGACCCUCUCGUGAAGCCAGAAGGGCAACCAUCACACGAGCAAACGCUGCUCAGAACGUUUGCGGCGGUUCACUUGAGUGCUGCUGCGCAGGUGGGUGAGCCAGAAAGCAAAGCGGCCUUGAUCUAUCGCUGGUGGUUGUCCUGCCUGUGUGCACAAACAGAGCCGUAUCAGACUGGCUUCUACCGCGAUGGAUAUUGCAACACAGGUAAGGUAGGUAACACAUCGAUUGAUUGAUGGCCUGCAUGCCUGUUGAUGAGUGUGAAUCGGAUAAUACGUCCAAUACAGGCCCAUCAGACUUCGGGACACACACCGUCUGCGCGAAGGUAGGAAGUCCUUGAUGAGCACGCAGUUUGACUGUUUCUUACAAUGUGCGUGUUGUGUACUUUGUGCACAGGUGACUGACACUUUUCUCCAGUACACCAAGGCGAAAGGCAACAACCUCAGUGAUCCGGUGCCGCAAUACAACUUUCCUGGCCUGAAGGAAGGGUCGCUGUGGUGAGCCUUGAAAGCAUGAGUCACAAACGGUGCGAAUUGAAGCAUGCAAUGUGUGUCUUCUGUGCAGGUGUCUGUGUGCGUCACGGUGGCUGGAGGCGCAUGAAGCCGGAGUCGCUCCGCCAGUAAAGACACACGAGCACCACCGGUGCUUGUGCAUGUUUGGCGCGUGUCUUCAGAUAUACUUGAAGAGGACUCACAGCAAGACGCUUGAGACCAUUGACAUGUCUAUCCUGCAGCAGUACGCUCUAGACGCUGGGAUUGACGUGGCUGUGCCCUCUUGAAGAGGAUGACGUCAUGGAACGAGGGCAUGUCUGACAGUGUAGUGAGUGGAUGUACAGUGAGUGUAUGUGAAUCGAUUGAGACUCCCUGUUUUUCUCCUGUGUGCUGUCAUUGAAUGAUCUCUUCGC